UAAAAUCUGUAUUAAUUCCACCUCUUCCCAUCGUAAUAAAACCACAAACUUUCCCAAUAAUAUUAUUAUUUAUUUGACUAUAUAUCAUACAAAACUUCAAUUCCUUCUUUUCUACCUCUCUUUCUCUUUUUUUCUCUCUCUUUUUUCAUUCUCUUCACAAAACUAUCUAUAGCCAUGGAAGAUAUCAGCGAUGAAGAAUGCAACACAGGUUUAUAUCUUGGAUUGGGAAUCAAAAAGGAGAAGAAGAAGCAGAAAUUAGUGAAUAAGCCUUGUUUCGACCUAGCUUUCGAGCUUUGUCCAAAAAAUGAAGCCAUCAAAGUACACAAUAGUCAUAUCAAUAACAACAACAAAGGUGAGAGAUUCAGUUUGGAGUAUUAUCCCAAUGCAACAACAUGCAGCACCGAUUCCGAUAACAACAACGCCGAUCGGAGAAAGAAGCUCCGGCUGACAAAGGAACAAUCCGCCAUGCUUGAAAACACCUUCAAGCUCCAUAACACUCUUAAUCCGGUGCAGAAAAAGUUACUUGCUGAUCAAUUGAAAUUAAAGACCAGGCAAAUAGAAGUUUGGUUUCAGAACAGGAGAGCGAGGACGAAGCUGAAGCAAACAGAGAUAGAUUGCGAGUUGUUGAAAAAACAAUGUCAAAAUCUAAGUGAUGAGAAUAAGAGAUUGAAGAAAGAGUUGCAGGAACUGAAAGUAAGACAAUCUCCAUUAUGCCCUCAACGUUUAUCAAAACCUGUUUGUUCUUCCUGCGACCAGAAACUCUUGAAGCGCAAUGAAGACAACAACAAUUAAUUAAUAUAUUAAUAGUUCAAUUUUUUCAUUGGCAUGAUCUUAAUUAUUACUAUAUGAAAAAUUUUAGAAACUAGAUUUUUUUUCUAGCAAAUAAUUUCUAAAGAAAAAAACACGUGUAUUCAAAAGUCUUCGCAUUAGGUUUUUCUUAGACACGUGUACUUUGAUUUAUUUAUUUAUUUAUUAUUACGUGUCUUUCUCUC